AUGGUGCAGUACAACCUCACCAUUGUCUACAUCCGCAGUGAAGACAACACUGUCGCGGAUGCUCUUUCACGGUUACCACCUUCCUCUUUUCCUGACGAGAACGACACGCCGAAUGAAACCUUCAAUACGUGGCUCACACCUUCAGUCAAUGCCGUCCUCACAAUCGCCACUGACUCUGCUGUUGUCAAAGAUAUCACUGACAGGUAUCUGACUGAUGAUUUCUGCAAGAAGGUAAUCGCAAAUGCCCCUUCUACGCUAGGCGUGCACUGUUCCAAUGGCCUAUGGUACAUCGGGGACCGGCUCUUGAUUCCGUGCAUUAAAGAUCUUUGUGAAAACCUCUUCCGCAUGGCGCACGAUUGUUCGGGACAUUUCGGAGCUGACAAGAGCUAUGCUCUGCUACGUGACCUAUACUACUGGCCCAACAUGCGUCAUGACCUCGAACAAUCAUACGUACCUUCCUGUCCCGACUGUCAGCGCAAUAAGAGUCGCACAAAGAAACCCUCCGGGCCACUCCACCCUCUCCCGGUACCUGACCAGCAUGGCGAUAACAUUGCCAUGGAUUUCAUUGGCCCGCUGCCUGCCGAUGAAGGCUUCAAUUGCAUCUUGUCCAUUACAGAUCGUCUCCACUCCGACGUACACAUCAUCCCCACACACAUGACUCUGACUGCGUCCCAGCUCGUGCUUCUAUUUUUCGAUCAUUGGUACUGUGAGAAUGGCCUUCCCUUGGACAUCGUCUCCAAUCGCAACAAGCUAUUCAUGUCGGAAUUCUGGGCUGCAUUGCACAAGCGCAUCGGUAUCUUGCUCAAAAUGUCAACCGCUUACCAUUCACAGACAGACAGUGUCAGCGAACACAUGAACAAGACCAUUAAUCAAGCCAUCUGUUAUCACGUCCGUCAUAAUCAGAAGGGGUGGGUAUGCGCUCUUCCUCGCGUACGGUUCGACAUCAUGAAUUCUGUCAACACCUCCACUGGAUUUUCGAACUUCCAACUGCGUCUCAGCCGUUCUCCACGUCUCAUCCCCCCACUUGUUCCUGAUCAUCUUGAACUGCCUUCAAAUCACGCCGAUUUCGACACCCUGCAGCUCAUCUCGCAACUCCAGUCCGAUGUUGAUGAGGCGAAGGACAACAUGCUCCAAGCAAAAAUUCAUCAAACUCACUUUGCCAACCUUUCGUGCGGGCCUGAAAUCAAGUACCACGUCGGCGAAAAGGUCAUGCUUUUGACCUUACACCGCCGACGUGAAUACAAGCAUAAGGGUGAAAAGUGCACGGCUAAGUUUUUCCCUCAUUUCGAUGGACCGUAUGUUAUCACUAAUGCACACCCUGAGACCUCCAAUUACACUCUGGACAUGCCUAACAACCCUAACAAAUUUGCCACUUUCCAUGCCUCAGAACUCAAGCCUCACAUCGCAAACGAUGAUUGGCUCUUCCCUCAUCAACUCACAAUGUCGCAGUUGUGGCUGGCAAUACCUCGUACGCUGGGCUGGCUACGGACCCAAGCACGACCUGUGGCUACCCGGUGCUGA